AUGGCUCGUUACAGGGAUAUUUUUAAUGCCAUCGAAUACGCUACGAAUGAGAGCUGUCCAAAUCGCCUGCUUGCAUUCGCCAAAGUUCGUAGUGUUGCACUUGGUGGAGCUGCUGCAGCCCACUCAACCGCCAGGCAAAUUAUUAAUCGCUUUUGCAACUUUGGAAACUUUACUGAAAGUGCUCCCUAUGAUCUACAAGAUGUCGUCUCCGAAAUAAGCACCGAAAAUAAGAUGCUUCAUGCCGAGUUGCAGGCCAUUUUUCAAAUGGUAAAUGAAGAACAAUCUAGUAAUUCCAGAAAAGAUGUUGAAACCAGAACAGAACUUUCUGAAGCCAGCAAACGAACGCUGGAAAUAAGGCAGGCUGUGUAUGCUUCGCAGGCCUUUUGGAAUGAUAUAAUCGAGCACCUGGAGACGAAGCCAGAGGACCUUGACGAGAUCAACUUGAACAUUCAGCGCAUCUUUGAGAGUAUGGAGCAGUCCAUUACUUGCUGCAUCAAAGCUUUGAAGGCUGACCCAGCGUUAAAACGGGUUGACCUACACAUACUCCACACGACGGAUCUCAUGCCCCAAGACGCGUACAUUUUCAGCAUAUGGAACCAUGCAGAGGAUAAAGCCGAAAACGAGGGCGGAGGUAGCCUCGAUGGGUUUCACAAGGAAGAGAAGCCUUUGAAUACCGAUGGAACCGGUCCAGAGUUGGAGACAGACGGGAGUGUAAAAAGCAGUGGAUUUUGGAGCUGCGCUUUAUGCAAUCUGCGAUUUGAUGACAGAAAUCGCCUACUAAACCACAUUGAGGCUCCCGAUCACCAACGUCAGCUCGAGAAUCGACUGUUUAAUAAGACCAAAUCCCCUCCCAACCCGUCACUUAAGCCAGCGAAGGAGAAGGAAUACCAGACACCGAAGUCGAACAGCACCCUGGAAAGGAAGGAAAGGGCAAUAUUCAAUCCACACAUUGAGGUCCGUCCAAAAUCACCAAUUGUGGUGAGUUCCAUUGAUAUAAAGUCAGAGGGUAUUUUGGGCUAUAAAACACCGCUUCAUUCUCAUAAAAUACUGCCAUUAAUUCACAGAAUGGAAGCAAAAUUCUCGGAGCCCUACGUCCCUCUGAAUCUGGAUAAAUCGCCCACCACUCCACCGACAACUGCUACAGGAAUUAGAACUCAGUGUACGCUACGCCAGGUUGGCGACCUACCACUCUCACCAAGCCAAAAGCAAAUCUACACGCCACACGUUUCGGUUACGCAAAUACCUCAAGUAAACAGACUUUACGAUAACGGAUAUAUUCGGACGUCCACCCGGUCCAACAUUAUAACCACAAAGGGAGGAGGGGAUUCAUUUAGACCACUGCAAGUCGGAAAUUUGCCACGGUCGGAGGAGACUAUGCUACAGUCUGAACCACCAAAGCGAAUGGAGGCAUCGGUUCCUAAGAGGUCUGAGGUGAAGGAGCUGGUUUCCAAACAAACGCAAACGGAGACAAGGGAUUCAACGGGGUUACUGUUUACUAGCUCAAGGCCAAUCAACGUCCAAUGCAAUGACUGUCGACUGACGUUUUCGAAUUUGGACAAAUUGCUGUCCCAUCCAUGUCAUAUUGCAAUCCCUUCGACCGGGGUCGAAACGGGUGCUCCACUCCUACCUACUCUCUCAUAUCCACAUCCACCUCCAGUCCAAGUAGUCUCACAGUCGAAAACAAACAACAUCGCUUCAUUUUUCUGCGAGGAUUGUGGCUUGGAUUUCGAUGAAAAGCACCUCUUCGAGGCGCAUCUCCGCACUCCACGUCACAAAUUUUCAGCUGGGCACCGAGAAGCGGCCAAUCAAAACACGUCGGUCGCUUCUCGAAAACUCUCACAGGAACAAAUUGAAAAGGCAUCAUCUUUAACUUUUGGCCAUGCCUCUUAUUCAACUCCAAAGUUGUCCCAUGAAAAUGCUAACAAUACCAAUCGGGUUGGAUAUCCUCUCGGACAGACGUACCCAUCUCAAAAUCCUUUGAUUCGUGUAAAAGCCGUGGAGACGAUUGGCGCUCAUUUGUACGGGUCGGUGGAGCGCUCAAUGUCACGCCCAAUGGGAAGCACUGCUCGACAGAUUCCUGAAUAUUCUGUCCAAAGUGGAGUUACCGAAAAGCCGCAGGAGAGUAAUAUCACCCUGCAGAGUGAAACCUUGCAAGGGAUGAAUUCGCUGAUUCAAAAGCACAAUAUCACGACUCGCGGUGACCUAUUCUUUUGCAAUGCCUGCUUCGUAUUUCUCCACUAUGAGGAGAUAAUUGAACACAUUGCUUGUGUCGAUCAUAGUCAAGAAGUAAACGAAAGCACAAAACCGGCCGUUCGAAUGCCGUCUCUACCACCGCUUUACUCUACGAAUCCCACCCUUCCAGAUGCCAACUACAUUGCCGUUUACGUUCCAGCCGAGCAAGCGAUUGAAGGUGAAAGUGGAAGGCGGCCAAUAUUCACUCAAUACGUUUCCCUCGGCUCUCCCAAAUUCCCCACCUUCAACGCACCUGUCGGGGAGAAGGGAGGCUCGCCGGAGGGCAACGCAGUGGGUAGGCGCCCCUUGUGA